AGAUGGUCACACCCAGAAGAGACCUCUCUGUCCCUCUUUUCCUAGUGUGCGCGUGGAACCCCCGCCCCCCAAUACACUGGGCAUAAACGACAGAGGAGGAAUUCAAACCGGGGUCAGGGGGCCACCUGCCACCCACAGAACACGGCCGCCGGGCUCUGUGGGGCCUAGGGAGGGCGCGGGUCUUCAUUCGGUGCCCCUGGGGGCUCGAGGCCCGCUAAGGCGGAUGCCACAGGCAGGGGCUGCCACAGCCCUGGGAGCGGCGCCUGGGGACAGCUUACGCCAGCGGCGACGCGCGCCUGGCCCCGGGGCCCAGCGUUUCCUCCCGGAGCGCCGGCUGUUUACCGCGCGGCCCUCGCGGUGCGGAGAGGCCCCUGCCCGCCAGGGCGUCCGCUUUCGUUUCCCGGCUGCGCCUGGCUUUCGUUUCCCCGGGGCGCCUCCCUGCCGCAGCCCCGCGCGGGUUUCGUUUCCGAGGCGCGGCCGAGGGCGGGGUCGCCGCGGCGCCCAUGGCCUUUGCCAACCCGCGCGCCCCGCUCCUGCUCGGGCGACUCUCGGGGCCGCUGGCAGCGCGGCGCGGGGUCUGCGCUCCGGCCAUGGCUCCGCCGCGCCGCUUCGCCCUGGAGCUCCCCGACUGCACUCUGGCCCACUUCGCCCUGGGCGCGGACCACCCCGGCCACACGGACGCGCCGGACGCGCGCCCCGAUCCCCGCCUGGCGGUGCUGCUGGGGCCCCCGGGGCGCAGCUACUCCCUGUGCGUGGCGCUGGGCCCGGACGCCGGCUGCAGGGCCCGCGUCCGCGGAGCGCGGCUGCACCAGCGCCUGCUGCACCAGCUGCGCCGCGGCCCCUUCCAGCGGUGCCAGCUGCGCAGGCUGCUCUGCUACUGCCCGGGCGGCCAGGCCGGCGGCGCGCAGCACGGCUUCCUGCUGCGCGACCCCAGCGAUGGUCCCGACACCCGGUGCGCCCUGCUCGGCCUGCUGGGCACUUGCCAGGAGGCCCCGCGCCCGCUCCUGGGCGAGUUCGAGGCCGACCCGCAAGGCCAGCUGUGGCAGCGCCUCUGGGCGGUGCAGGACGGCAAGCGGCUGCAGGUGGGCUGCGCGCGCGUCCUGCCCGCCCCGGAGCCCCCGCUGCACCCGGUGGUGCCGGACCUGCCCAGCACCGUGGUCUUCCCGGGCCGGGAAGCCGCCCGGGCCGUUUUGGAGGAGUGUACACCCUUCAUUCCUGAAGCCCGGGAGGUGCUUGACCUGGUUGACCAGUGUCCGAAGCAGGUCCAGAGAGGAAAGUUCCCAGUCAUUGCCAUCGAGGGACUGGAUGCCACUGGUAAAACCACAGUGACUCAGUCGAUUUCAGAUUUACUCAAUGCUGUCCUCUUAAAGUCACCACCCUCUUGCAUUGGCCAGUGGAGGAAAAUCUUCGAUGAUGAACCAACCAUCAUUAGAAGAGCUUUUUACUCUUUGGGCAAUUAUAUUGUGGCUUCUGAAAUAGCUAAAGAAUCUACCAAAUCUCCUGUGAUUAUCGACAGGUACUGGCACAGCACGGCCACCUACGCCAUAGCCACCGAGGUGAGCGGUGGGGUGCCGCACCUGCCGCCGGCCGGCCACCCUGUGUACCAGUGGCCCGGGGACCUGCUCAGGCCUGACCUUGUCCUGCUGCUCACCGUGGGCCCCGAGGAGAGAGCGCGGAGGCUGCGGGGCCGGGGCGUGGAGAAGACCAGAGAGGAGGCAGAACUGGAGGCCAACAGCGUAUUUCGUCAAAAGGUGGAAGUGUCCUACAGGAGGAUGGAGAAUCCGGGCUGCCAUGUGGUUGACGCCAGCCCCUCCAGGGAAGAGGUCCUGAGGAAGGUUUUGAGCCUAAUCCAAAAUAAUUGUAAACAUGUGCCGGGUGCCCCGUCUUGCUAGAUUAGAUGUUUGAGACAUCUACGCCCGCUAUUUGUGAUGCAGUUUUCCCGGAUUUCUGUUGCACGAGCAUAGUGUGUGGCAGGACAUUGGAAACAAGGCGGUUUAAUUUUACUCCAGCCCCCGUGCUCUCUUCCGGCUGGCGGGCCCACCGCGCUUGAGAUGGCGGCCGCGUUCCAACGAGAGCUGGCGACCGCUUCCUGCCCCGUAUACCCAACAUUUUCUUGGAACAUACUCGCCAUACUCCAUCACUACCAACUCUCGGCAAGGCUUGCCUCAUCCAGAAGGCGUCAGCUACGCAGAAGCAGCCGGGGAGAUCUGCCAAUCAGCGGGGAGCCCCGCGGCCUCUCCUGGUCCCCGACUGGGGCACGGACGCUGCCGUGACGGCCGUGCCCAGAGUCGACUGCUUCCAAAUCGGGUUGCGCUUCAUCACGACGGUCUCACGUAGCCCCCAGUCCUAGAGCCAGGUGUCCCCACAGAGCCUGUCUCUGUGCCCUGGCUGUCCAAGGACACUCCUGCGGGGCCACCUGUGGGCAAGGGACAGUGACGAAGAAGGCAUCGAUCUCGUGUCUGAGACCCAGAGCCUCCUAGCCAGUCCUCUGGGUUUGUGCUGCCGAGUCAGAUUUCGAGACACUCGAGCCAACACGCUCUAACUACAAACACACCAAACUCUCUGCGCUAUAUUCUGCUUAUUCAUCUUUCUUUUCUUUCCUCUGGCCACAAAGAGCAUUUUGCACUGAGCUGUACACAUCUCCCUCGGCCCAUCCAGCAGCUUAUUUAUAUUGAUCUUUGCGUCAUGAGUUCCCUCAGUGUGGAGUCACGAAUUAAAAUCGGAGCCAAGAAGCUGAAUGCAAUACUUGUUGUGUAUUUUCGUGACACAGAUUUAUCUUGCUUGAUAAGCACAGUGGAUCCUGGAAUGGGAUUCCUUAGUAAAUUAUCUUUCACGCGACUGUCUUACGAUUCCAGAAAAGAAAUCAGCUUUGAGAUCUGUGUGGAUAGAAAAGCCUGGCUGAGAAAAAGGGAAAUCUAAUAGCUUUGGCCUUAGGGAGCUGGUUGAGCCAGGUGAUUACCUAAAAUUCCUUCCAGUUCUAAGAUGGAUGCAUCUGUAUAUUAUUUUUAUCCUGCUUACCAUUUCUUAAGAAGACAUUACCCUAAAAUAAUUGAAUUUAAGGCCUUAUCAUGUUUACCAUAUAGAAUCUUAAAUUAGAAUAAAGUUUGUUAUUAGCAUCAUAGUAUUCUAAAAGAACUAUAGGUAAUUCUUACAUAAUGUGUCUAUGUAUACAAACAUGUAAUGGGUUUCAGUUGAAAAUAUUUUUAAAGCUGACCGAUAGCAUUAAGAUUCUUUGCAAUGUGGGAUCUGAUUAUAUUGUUGGUUUUAUUUACUUUAAACACUUUGAAAGGCUUAUCCUGGCAGCCUAGAAAAACAAGCAUUUAAUGCUCUUCUUUAUGCCCCUUGCACGUGAAUAAACUUGCUGUGGUUUUCUAAUCCACUGUUCUGCUGAGUGCAUAUCGAUUCAUCUGGAAAGGGUCCUUCCGGGUUCUCUUUUCAGCAUUGUGUUAUCUGGGGGGAAAGUUUUAGUCAAGGAAGUCCAUAGGUGUGAGCUGGCAGGCUAAGUGGCAUUUGUGGUCAAUGUGCUUACAGCAAAAGGGGUGGGCGAUCAUUUUGUUUUAAACAUUGUUUCCUCAUGACCAUAUAUUAAUGGGAAUUCUAUGAUACAUUCUUUGUACACCUGAGCUUUUCAUGCGGGGAAAGGUGUAUGGUUUGUGAGUAUGAGAUGAGGCAGUGUUUUAUAAUAGAAAUAAUUCUUUCUACAACUGGGCUCUUUACACACGGAUGGAUAUAUGGUCUGUGAGCAUCAUUACCAAGUGAGACAGCACCUCCUGCCCCCAAACUGAUGGCAAGUGGCAUCACUCGCUUGGCUCUGCUCGUUACAAGAUUGGUCUGCUUCUGUUCCUGUGAUAGACCAUUAGUUGCCUAAACACGAAUCCUCCCUUUCUUCAGCAGUAGUCGAAUGUUUAGCUCGGCACACGGUGUUGAGAGUUCAGACUGGGUUUCCGAGGUUCUGGCUAAGCUCUUGCCAACAGUAUGUGAGCAGAAGGGACAUUUGAAACAUCAAAGGGAUAUUGUCCCUCUGUCCUUUAACCUCUCAUACUGGCUGUGUCUGGAAGUGACAGUGACCCAACUAAGGACCAGGGGAUGAUGAUGACACCAGAGAGAGGGAGAAAAACCAGAUGAAUAGAGACCAGUACCGGGAUGUGGAACACCCCCAUUGCAGCCCUGGGGGACCCCUACCUCGGCCUAUACAUGUGAUGAGCAUGUUUCCAUCUGGUUUAAGCCAUUCUUGUUUUGGGUUUCUGAUCAAUAUAAUGAGCCUAUAUUCUUUUAUCUUUUGCACUAAGAACCCAGGACACUUCCACUAACAUAGGGGACUAAAACUGUUUACAAAGAACCCAUGAGAUAUCGAGUACUAUGUUUAAUGAAGAAAAAUAAUGAGGCUCAUCAAUCAUAUGCAACUCUUGACUGAUUGGAUGCUUAGAAUUUACCAGGCUGGGUCUUGUGGACUUUUCUUUCUAUCUGCCAGACCGGGGUGCCCUAAGAGAAGGAACCCAUGACACUUACCUGUGUAAAAACCAUUAAAAGCCAUAGUACCAAGCACAAUGUCAGGUAUAAAAUUAAUGGUCAGUUUAUGUUUCUUGUUUAAUCCUUAAAGUUAUAGCCAAGACAUAAGUUAUACUAGAGAAUUAGAAUAUCAAAUGGACUAUUAAUUAUGAGAUAUGUACAAUAAGAUUAACUAGUUUAAAAUCUUUUUGCAGUCAUAUACUACUUUUCAUCUCCCUCAGCCAACACGGAGUUCUAAUGUCCUAGCUCAGUGGUUCCCCACUCUGGCUGUGCAUUAGAAUCAUCUGUGCAAGGCUGACAACUCUGAUGCCAUGCAGAUCCAUUAAAUCGGAGUGUUUGGUGUGUGUGUGUGUGUGUGUGUGUGUGUGUGUGUCUGAGUGUGUGUUUUCCAUUUGAUUCUGAAAAUGAUUGGGGUUGGACAUUGAUUGGCAUACAGUUUCAAAAAUUCAUAAGCAAACGUAAAGGCUCAUGGCUAGCUGAUAAUUGACUGUUUAUUAAAGCAUGAAUUUGAAUUGCAGUCUGUGAGCCAGGCCUGGGAAACAGUUAACCAUGGAGAAGGUAGCCAAACUGAGCACAGGAUCACAACUCAGUGUAGCUCCUUGACCUUCUGCUGUUCAGUGAGCAUCUCAGGGUGUCUGUUAUAUGGGAAAGAGGUAUUUGCAAAUCUGGGAAUUCAAGAAAAGGUCAGGAUUUAGUCCACAUGAAUUUCAUGUACCUAAAGAGAGACACAGUGCAGUGUAUGAGAUUAGAGCUGCCAUCUAAGAAAAAAAAUUGUAGUUUGAGUCCAAUAAAGUUAAUUGCUAAAAACAAAAAAAUUCAACUCUUUUUAGAGCAUUAUAACAUAAUCCAGAGUCUCGAUGACAUAAUAUUCACAAUAUCCAAGGUAUAAUCCAAACUUACCCAGCAUACAAUGAACCAAGAAAAUGUAAAACAUUGUCAAGUGAAAAAAACAUCUAUCAGUGGAGACCAACCCCAAGAUGAUCCAGAUGUUGGAGUUAGCAGCUAAGAAUUUUAAAGCAGCUAUUGUAAUUAUGCUCAAGGAUGUAAAGGAAACAUGCCUGCCAUAAAUGAAAAGAUAGGAAAACUCAGAGAGAAAUAGAAACUCUAAAAAACGUAUCCAAUGGAAAUUAUAGAACUAAAAUUUUCUAUAUCUGAAAUUGAAAACCAUCACUGGAUAGGUUUAGUGGCAGAAUACAGAGUUG